UGAGGAGAAGAGGGGAGGGGUAGAAGAAGAAGAGAACGUGAUUUUGGCCCGCCAAGGUGCGGCAGCUGUGGUUCAAGUAAAGCUCGCUUUCGGAUCAACACGAAAACAUCUUCUAACUCCUCUCUGCUGCUCCAGUUAUAGAACACGCACCAGACUCUCCACAUGACGGCUGACAUUGAGAAAGAGCCUCUUCCGUCGAAUGAAACCGUGUCCAAGAAAAGCGACAUAUUGGAUGUUGUAGGUGGAAAUGGACCAUGGCAAUGGAGGAUAUUCUUGGUCAUCCUUUUUUUCGCAAUACCUAGUGCCACCCACAACUUGUCGAUCUCUUUUUUGGCACCAAACUUGGAUCACUGGUGCGCUAGACCAAGUGGAGUCAAUAUCAGUGUUGAGGAAUGGAAAAGGAUAGCUCUUCCACCCAAUGACUAUCAUUGUUCCAGGUACAAAGAUAUCAAUUUAACACUUCUCGAGGAAGACCUCAAUGUCACCCGAAGUAAUGAAAUUGUCAAGUGUGAUGCUUGGGAAUAUGAUGAAACGUUUUACACUUCCACUGUUCUCAGCCAGUGGGAUUUGGUAUGCGAUAAAGAAUGGCUGGUUUCAAUGUCCAAAUCUGUCUUCAUGGGAGGCAUUUUGAUGUCCGUUAUUUUGUUUGGCCAUUUAGCUGACAAAUUAGGAAGAAGACCAGCCAUUGCCGCUUGUGCCUUUAUUGCUGUAUCCUCAGCUGUUAUUUGCGCAUUUUCAACAUCAUUCAUCAUGUUUGCCGCAUCUAGAUUCUUUAUUGCCCUUGGAAUUGCUGGAGUUUUCAACACGGCGUUUGUCUUACUUAUGGAAGUUGUUGGUCCAGACUGCAGAUCAUUUUAUGGUCUUGCCGUAGAAUUUGGCUGGUGCAUUGGAUUCGUCAGCCUUCCAGGUUUCGCUUAUUUGCUGAGAGACUGGUUUUGGAUACAAAUAGCACUCACGGCGCCUUGUUUGCUGCUCCUCGCUAGUUGGUGGAUGUUACCAGAGUCACCACGCUGGUUAUUGUCCCAAGGACGUGUCGAAGAAGCCCAGAAGACGCUUACCAAGGCAGCCAAGGCAAAUGGCAUAGAGCCAUCUGACAUAGAUACGACUCUCCGGAAAAUAAUGUCAAAAGCCAGUGAGGCUCAUGAGUCUGGAGAAGCGUCGGGAAAUUUCCUAGAUUUGUUGCGCACUCCCGGACUUUGGCAAAUGACGCUGAAUGUGUACUUUCUUUGGUUCGUAAAUGCUUUCGUGUACUAUGGGCUUUCGUACAACACCAACGAACUAGCCGGCGACCCCUUCGUUAACUUCGCAGUUUCUGGAGCAGUAGAGUUUCCAGCAUAUGUUCUCAGCAUUAUAGCUAUACGAUACUUGGGCAGAAGAAAUCCCUUAGCUGCUUCUCUGAUAAUAGGAGGCGUUGCUUGUCUUCUCUCCUAUCCCAUGCCCGAAAGUAAAAAAAAGCUGAGGCCAAUGAAGCAUCAGAACGGCCACUCAGUAACAAUAAAAGUAGCCAACGGAGAUGCGGAUAAAAGCUAUGAAGAAGAAGAGGAGAUGACAGCAGUUACUUCUUUACCAACUCCAUCUCCUAAACCUCAAGAGAAUGGUAAAAAGUUAGCUGAUGUUCCAGAAGAAGAAAUUCAUUUUGAAGGUCCUGCAAUGACUGUCAAUGAACCUGAUCAUGAUCCUUCGGAAGUGGCUGAAUCCGUUGAACUAGAAACGACGCAGGCUUCUUCUCCUGAAGUCUCUGAAGAC